AGCCUCUGUUCGGCUACAACAUACAUUUACAAUGCAAGUGUACAAAAAUAUGUAUACAAUUUGCUUGUAAUAGCUUGUAUUUGAACAGGGACGUGCAGCGGAUAUCGAAGGCACUUAUCUAUAUAUUUGCUUGAUCAUUGGCUAUAGUGCUCAGCUUAUCAUACAAUUCCUUAUCAGGCGUUUCUCACUUACGACGCAUUCUGAGUUUCGUGCUGAUAGGUGUUUAAUUAACGAUUGGCAAUUGCGCUGUUUGGACCUAGUCUUGAGUAUUCAAAUAAUAUUGCUGUGAUUUUAGAUUAUACUAAACAAAUAUGAAUCAAGUGGGUAGAAUCGGGGUCAUUGGGGGCGGUAAGAUGGCACUAGCUAUGAUAAAAGGCUUUCUCUCAGCCGGUCUUACAAAAUCCGAUAGUGUGAUUGCUAGCGUACACCCAAACGACAUACAAAGCCUUAAACAGUUCCAGAAAAUCGGCGUCGAAACGGUUGUUAAAAACGAGCCAGUCGUUGAAAAAUCUGAUAUUGUAUUCAUAUCAGUUAAGCCAGAGGUAGUACCUAUUAUCUUACCUGAAAUAAAAUCGCUAAGCAAUAAUAAAUUGUUUAUCUCAAUAGCCAUGGGCAUAACUAUAAAAAUGUUGGAACAGCAUUUAGACAUUAACGCAAGAGUCAUCCGCGCCAUGCCGAACAUGCCUGCUCUUGUAAAAUCAGCGUGCUCGGUAUAUACUCGCGGUACCAAGGCAAAUCAAGAGGAUGGGCAAGUAACAAAAUCACUAUUGGAGGCGAUUGGCACCUGUGAAGAAGUGCCAGAAUAUUUGUUUGAUCCCAUCACAGCUUUGAGCGGAAGUGGGCCAGCUUAUGUGUUUGUCAUGAUAGAAGCCUUAGCGGAUGGUGGAGUACGUAUGGGUUUACCGCGCGAUUUAGCUUAUCGUCUUUCCGCGCAAACUGUUUUAGGAUCUGGACAGUUGGUUCGCGAUACUAAUGAACACCCGGGUGUUUUGAAGGAUAAUGUAACAAGCCCCGCGGGAUCAACUGCUGCCGCACUAAAGGUGUUAGAAUCGGCAGUAUUUACUAUUUUAAAAAUAGGUUUUCGUGGCACAGUUUCUGGCGCAGUGGAAGCAGCUACGUUACGAUGCCAGGAAAUUUCUGGCAAUUAGUAUUAAUACUUAAAUUAUAAUUUGAAGGAAUGUUGAAGUUCUCUUAGCUUAGUGGAAUCAUUUCGGUCACUCUGUGUAUAAUAAAAAUAUAAACAAAAAUAUACAUUAAAUAUAUAAUAGGGCGUGUCAAUCACACAAACUACAGCAUUUUA